AUGCCAAAACUGUUACAGGAUCAGCCGUUUUGGAACAAGAAGGCGCCGAUUACAAACCCACUUGGCAUGUUGGGCCGUCGUGGACGCUGUCUGUGUGGGGGUUCAUGUUUGCCGUUUCGAGGUUCCGGUUCGUUAGGGAAUAGAUGGCCGUCGGCAAUACGGUCAGCUCCGCCGCUAAAAACUUUGCCGUUGACUCACUGGAGGAGAGGUCAACUGGUGCCUGAGUCGUGGGAUAGUGUCUAG